UCUCUUUCAGUGGGAGAGAGAGAGGGAGUAGAAGGAGCUGUAAAGCACAUGGCCUCUAUGCCAUUGGGGCCUCAGCCCCAGCUUCUUGCUCCACCGCCGCAGCCUCACGACGGAGACGUUCUGAAGCGUCGCUCCGACAUGGAUUCCGACAAGGAAAUGUCAUCUGCUGUUAUCGAGGGAAAUGAUGCUGUUACUGGUCAUAUCAUUUCCACUACCAUUGGAGGCAAAAAUGGUGAACCUAAGCGGACCAUUAGUUACAUGGCUGAACGGGUUGUUGGUACAGGAUCAUUUGGAAUUGUUUUCCAGGCAAAAUGCUUGGAAACCGGGGAAUCGGUCGCCAUUAAGAAGGUCUUGCAAGACCGGCGCUAUAAAAACCGUGAGUUGCAGUUAAUGCGACUAAUGGAUCAUCCAAAUGUGGUCUCGCUGAAGCAUUGUUUUUUCUCCACGACAAGUAGAGAUGAACUCUUCCUCAAUCUUGUUAUGGAGUAUGUUCCUGAGACUUUGUACCGGGUUCUGAGGCACUAUACUGGUUCAAAUCAGAGAAUGCCAAUUUUCUAUGUCAAACUUUACACAUACCAAAUCUUCAGAGGUUUGGCCUAUAUCCAUACUGUUCCUGGUGUUUGCCACAGAGAUGUGAAGCCACAAAAUCUUCUGGUUGAUCCUCUUACCCACCAGGUUAAGCUAUGCGAUUUUGGCAGUGCAAAAGUUUUGGUCAAAGGUGAAGCAAACAUAUCAUAUAUCUGCUCUCGAUAUUACCGAGCUCCGGAACUAAUCUUUGGGGCGACAGAGUACACAUCCUCCAUAGAUAUGUGGUCUGCUGGCUGUGUUCUGGCAGAACUUCUUCUUGGUCAGCCAUUGUUUCCGGGAGAAAAUUCAGUGGACCAGCUGGUAGAGAUCAUAAAGGUUCUUGGUACUCCUACUCGGGAAGAAAUCAGAUGCAUGAAUCCAAACUACACAGAUUUUAGAUUCCCGCAAAUUAAAGCUCACCCAUGGCACAAGGUUUUCCAUAAACGAAUGCCUCCGGAAGCAAUAGAUCUAACGUCUCGGCUUCUUCAAUAUUCACCAAGUCUACGCUGCACUGCGCUCGAAGCAUGCGCUCAUCCAUUCUUCGACGAGCUCCGGGAGCCAAAUGCCCGACUUCCAAACGGUCGUCCAUUGCCAUCUCUGUUCAACUUCAGACAAGAGUUGGGGGGAGCAUCGACGGAGCUGAUAAGCAGGCUAAUACCAGAGCACGUGAGGCGGCAGAUGAACGGUGCCUUUCCAUUUCAGGCAACAGCUCCUUAGACGGCAAACGUAUCGAAAGAGAGAGAUAGAAAGGACGAUGAUGAAUGAUGAAUGAUGAAUGAUGAAUGAUGAAUGAUGAUGAUGCUCUCCCUUGCGCGUGGCAUUCAGCACACGAGAGAAUCGGGAGAGUUCGAUUAUUUUCUUUCUAUUAUUACCUCUUUUUGUUCCCCCUUGAUCAUAUGUAAGACACUCAAAAAGUUUCUCGUUGCAUUUUCUUUUUCUUGUAUAUUAUUAUGUUUUUGGUCGCCAACAUUUGAAGACAAUCUCUCUCCCUUCGGAGCAGACGAUACAAUGGUGAAAUUGAAUCA